AUGGUUGCACGAACACGCGAUGCGCUAAAGUGCGGGGCUACCCGAAAAGUGCUGUGCCUGCCCCGAAAAGGCCAGCGUGGGCUUGGCGUGAGCGUUGUUGCAAAAGCUGGUGCGACCACCUCAUCAUCAAACAACUUUGCGCAAUCAUCUUCCUCGGGUGAAAGCCGCAUGCACGUUGCCUACUUGUUCCCUCGUGUCGAGUUCUACUUCGAAGUUGAGGAUCUCGAAUUAACUGAAGAAUGCAAGCAGCUCUUGGAGCUAAUCCGAAAUACUAAAGCCAAGAAGGAAGACGCUGAUAGCUUCUUCCGCAAAUUCGGACACGUCUUUGUCCCGCAUGUUCAGCUUGGAGGUCGUCUUUACUCCGUCGAGACUACUUCUAGCAUCGCCGGAGCCAGCACUGAAGAGAAGGCGUCUGCUCUCAAGGCCGCUGCUAGCGCUUCAGUCUCUGGAUGGGGCUUCCAGGCAUCUGUUAGCGCCAGUCAUGAGACUAUCAAGGGCGAGAAAACUGAGAAGUCUCAAAGCAGCUCGAAUCACUCGAUCACCUGGCAUGCCGAUGGCGGUGAUACACUGCUAUGCAACAAUCCCCCUGCUUGGUGCCCUACUGUGCACUCCUAUUACAACUGGAGGGUGAUGAAUUUCAGGAUUUGCAAGUGGGAUUCCACCAAUGCCGAGGCGAAGCCCUACCUUGGGAUGGUGAAUAAUGAGCAACUCAUUGAACGGCCAGAAGGCGGAGGUGGGAACUUCUCAAGGCGUGCCAAGCGCCAUAUAUUGAACAAGUCCCAUUCUGGGGAAGAGCAUAUGAAAGCCGGUCUUGAAGUGCUCGCGAUGAGAAACAAGCUAGUCUGGGAAGGAAGUACAGGAUUAACACCUCGGUUCAAGUAUGGAAUCCAAUACCCAUUGCGCCUUUUUGGCGACAGCUUGGUUUACGGAGUUCGUCGGACUACUCAAGAAGAGCAAUACCAAAAAGAGAAUGUUGUGUAUGCCGGUCUCGAUGAAGAACCAAAUGUUCUUGUUGAGUUCAGGAAGAUUGGCGAUGAUAAAGCGUUCGAAUGA